AUGGAUUUAAUUGAUAGUGAUAUUCGUCAGUGGGACGUCAAUGAUGUUAAAGAACAAUUUGGUGAUAGUCUUAUGCUGUUACCCUCCAAUGAUAACAUAAAGGAACUGCAAACAAUUCUUCGGGACAAAAACACAUCUCGAAGUGACUUUAAGUUUUAUGCAGAUAGGUUAAUAAGACUGGUUAUUGAGGAGAGUUUGAAUAAGUUACCAUUCACUGACUGUGAAGUGGUUACACCCACAGGUGCUUUAUACAAAGGUUUAAAAUAUGGAUCUGGGAAUUGUGGUGUGUCAAUUGUUCGCUCGGGAGAAUCUAUGGAACAAGGCUUAAGAGACUGCUGCAGAUCCAUCCGCAUAGGUAAAAUACUUGUAGAGAGUGACAAUGAUACCCAUGAAGCACAUGUAGUUUAUGCCAAGUUUCCAGAGGAUAUCGCUAGACGACAAGUUCUUUUGAUGUAUCCUAUUAUGUCCACUGGCAAUACUGUUAAACAGGCAGUGAAUGUUCUAACACAGCAUGGUGUAAAGGAAGAACGUAUAAUUCUCUCAAACUUGUUCUGCACCCCAGCUGCCGCACAAGCUGUAGUGGAUUAUGUACCAAAGAUGAAAAUACUCACUUCUGAACUUCAUCCUGUAGCCCCUAACCAUUUUGGACAAAAGUACUUUGGGACAGAC